AUGACAUGUAUAGAUAAUUUUGGAGAGAGUUUCUCAGCACCCCGUAUUGGUUAUUCUACUGGAUUCGAAUUCGACGAUUCGAGUUCUCCCAGCUAUCUAUUUAAUUCCACAACUUUGAAUCCCCUCCAUAGAGAAGAUUAUAUGCACAAUUUACCAACUUACGACUUAGAUUAUAAAGAGAAAAUGUCCAACCCUAAUUUUAUCGCUCAAUACCGAGAACCGAGUUUAUCUCCUACCAGACAUCCUGGGUAUAAACUACAACAACCAGAAUAUCGACCUCUCAUGACAGAACGAUCUCAUACCCAGUACCAUAUUGGAACCCCGUCUGCUAUUACCAGGAAUUAUAUGGACGAUAUGGCCCUCGUCAGGGGACGUUUGGGAACAAGUGAAAGAAGAAGUCGACCCCUCCAUCGUCACCAGAACAGAUAUGGUAGAAGUCUGUCUACAGCUGAUGAAAGCGAGUUCGUCCACAACAGAGGCGUCUUCAAUACCACCUUCCCUAAUGUUCGAGGACAUUUCGUCAUCCAUCCAGACUGGGUAUCAGAGAGAAUGACUCCUCGUACAUCCAGGAUAUAAUAUGUUAAUAAAUUUGCAGAUUCAACAUGGUAUAUAUAUAAAUUGUAUUGGUGUCGAAAUUUCAGCAUCAUUCUUCAAAAUUUGAGACAGACCAAAGACAGGGACCCGAAACUUAAAUAAAUGUUUUUGUGUAUAUUAUUAAUAGUAUUAUUAUGUAUAUGACCAAUCAGUAUUAUUUGUAUAUAAUGUGUUAUAUUAAAUAAUGUAUAUUCUUUAUAAA